GGCAAUAUUAAAGUAAAGCUAACUGCUGACAAAAUUAUUCCAAUUAGUAACUUCGGAGUUUUCGAAUUUCGUCUUUAGUAGGUGAUGGAGCCAAAGGUUAUUCAGAGGUGUAGCAGAAUAUAACAAAAAGGUGACUUUUGACCAGAGGAGAUAAGCGCCUUAAUAUUUACAACAAAAACUAUAAAAUAUACCUUUUCAUUGCUAAAAAAGUGAUUAGUCACGAAAGGAAAAAAUGUCGGAAAAAUUGGAUAUUAUAAUAUUUGGUGCUACAGGUUUUACUGGUAAAUACACCGUUUUUGAAGCUGUUAGUGUACUUCAAAACUAUCGCUGGGGAAUUGCUGGGCGUAGUCAAGAAAAACUGGAAAAUGUACUUCAAGAAAUGGGUACAAAAGCACAGAAAAAUCUAAAGGAUAUUCCUAUCAUCAUCGCUGAUAUAAAAAAUGAAGCUUCGCUGCUAGCCAUGGCUAAGCGAUGUCGUGUUUUAGUAAAUUGUUGCGGACCAUACCGGUUUUUUGGAGAGCCAGUUGUGCGAGCGUGUCUUGAAGCUGGCACCCAUCAAGUUGAUGUUACUGGUGAACCUCAAUACAUGGAAACAAUGCAACUUAAAUAUAAUAAACAAGCUCAAGAGCGAAAAGUUUUUAUAAUUUCUGCCUGUGGAUUUGAUUCAAUACCGGCAGAUCUUGGAGUUGUUUUUGUAGAAAAAAACUUUGAUGGUGUUGUAAAUUCAGUUGAGAGCUAUCUGCAGAGUUCCGUAAAAGGAGAUGCUUCAAGAGGAGGUGCUGGAAUUCAUUAUGGUACUUGGGAAAGCGCGGUUCAUGGUUUGGCCCAUUCCAGUGAACUGAAAGAAUUACGCAAGAAGUUAUACGAAGAGAAAUUGCCGAAAUUUACUCCUGUUUUAAAACCACGACCACUUAUUUUUCGAUCUGAAAUAGUAAAAGGAGUUUGUCUCCCAUUCCCCGGACCAGAUCGAUCAGUAGUAAUGCGUUCACAGCGUUUCCUUUAUGAAAAUGAGCAUAAGCGCCCUGUUCAAAUGCACGCUUAUGUUACUUUUCCAUCGUGGCUAGCAGCUGUGUUAGUCGCUUUAUUAGCAGUUUCGUUUGGAUUUUUAACUAAGUUUACUUUUGGUCGUCGCUUAUUGCUAAAAUAUCCUAAAGUUUUUUCAUUAGGAUUUGCGUCUCACGAAGGUCCUACAGAAGCUAGAAUGGAACAGACACAUUUUUCAUUUAUUAUGAGAGCAAACGGAUGGCCAAGGUCGGAGAAAUUGUCAGAACCAACAGAUCAAUACAUGGAUUUACCAACCAAAACAUUAACAGUCAAAGUAUCGGGAUCGAAUCCUGGUUAUGGUGCGACCUGUGUAGCUCUACUCAGUACGGCUGUAAUAAUAUUAAAGGAAAAUGAUAAAUUGCCGGGAACUGGUGGCGUUUUACCACCAGGAGCUGCAUUUGCUAAAACAAGUUUAAUAUCUGAAUUGGAAAAACAUGAUCAUGGCAUUAAAUUUGAAAUUUUGGCUAACAAAUAAAUACUACUUAUAUAAAACAAAUGUUACAAGGAAACUUGAAUAGGAUUAUUUAUGUUUUUAUCACUAUUGCUGUAAAUUUUAUAGUUCUUAAAAACAUUCCGGUUGGGCAUUAUGUUACUAUUACAUAAUAAUAAAAAUAUUUUAAAAACAAAAA